GGUCUGCUCCUCAUCCUCUCCCACUGAAAGCCGAGCCUGGAGGUGCAGGCGAAGUGCAGACCCUGUGCCCUGGGCCAGGCCGACUGGGUCAUCAUCAGAGACCGAUUUGGACAGUGCUUCACCAGCCGCGUGCGCACGGAGCCGCUGGGCGAGGGCAGCCUGGAGCAUCACCCCGGGGCCAGGCCAGAGGACCGGAGGACCAGCAUUGCCAUCGGCGUGUCGGAGGAGGAGGAGAGCAGGGACACCAUCCGGCUGCACGAGAAGGAAGAGAACACCUUGAGGUACUAUCUCUUCGAGGGCAUGCGCUACGUCUGGAUCGAGCGCCGACAGGCCUACUGCAAAGUCAGCGUCUUGGAUGAAGGUUGGACCUGCGCAGAUCUCCACCUCUCCCAGGCUGGGCUCCACCAGCAAGACCACAGCACCAGAAGGAAGAUCUAUGGACCCAACCUCAUCGAGGUGCCAGUCAAGUCCUACGUGAGGCUGUUGGUGGAGGAGGUGCUCAAUCCCUUCUACAUCUUCCAAGUGUUCAGCAUCGUGCUGUGGGUCUGCGACGCCUAUUACUACUAUGCUGCCUGCAUCUUCCUCAUCUCCACCAUCUCCUUAGGGCUGUCCCUCUAUGAGACAAGGAAG